AUGGCGAUGACUAUCUUCGUCACGAUCGCGUACAUGGUCCUCGUCCGGGACAUUUGGUCGGGCAUCGUGGAGUCCGUCAUCGGCGAGACCCUGGACUCGGACCAGAGCAACUAUGUGUUGUUCGUCGCUCUCUUGCUCGUAUUCCCCGCCUGCUUGGCCAAGGACCUCCAUGCCCUGAGGCACUUCUGCUACGUCGGCUUCUUCUCGGCCCUCGUGCUUACCGCGGCGAUCGGGUACCGCAGCGUGGAGGCCAACCAGGAGGACCCCACGGCGAAGCUGGAGCUGAAGCUGAACGCGGACUCUUGGGGGGACAUAAUGGAGGCUUUCCCCAUCUUCUGCCUCUCCUUCCAGUGCC